GUUCUACUUGAAGAAGGUGACGAAGUGGAGGUUUCGUUUGAGAUGAAGGUUGAGGGACAAAUAAAGGAGUGUGGAGCCCACCUUUUGUACUAUGAAGAGGUAAAAGAAAUAAAGCAAUACCGUGAUACUUUGUUGUGUUGCUGGGAUUCGAAUUAUCCGCUCCUAUUAG